UGGAUCCCAAUUUCAAGAAAUCAGCGGAAUCUUGUGAGCCGACAAACGACGCGCGCACCGCGCAGUGCAUUGUCGGAAAUUCAUGGUGGCCGACAGGAGGUUGCGGUGAGGCAAGCUAGUUUCGUCGUUGAGAGUAGUUUUGUUGAACUUAAUACGCUUUUCAAUUAACCGUUCACGCGCAAUAUAACGGGCGAAGCAAUGUCCGAUUCCAGUGAUUUGGAUCGGCAAAUUGAACAGCUGAAAAAGUGUGAGAUUAUAAAGGAAGCAGAGGUAAAAGCGCUUUGUGCGAAAGCUAGAGAAAUCCUUAUCGAGGAAAGUAAUGUACAAAGAGUUGACUCACCUGUUACCGUCUGCGGUGACAUACAUGGUCAAUUUUAUGACCUGAAAGAGCUAUUCAAGGUUGGUGGCGAUGUGCCUGAAACAAACUACCUGUUCAUGGGUGACUUCGUUGAUAGAGGAUUUUACAGUGUUGAAACGUUCUUGCUCCUACUCGCUCUCAAAGUCCGCUAUCCCGACAGAAUAACUCUGAUUCGAGGGAAUCAUGAAUCAAGACAAAUCACUCAAGUCUAUGGUUUCUACGAUGAAUGCUUGCGCAAAUAUGGUAGUAUUACUGUAUGGCGAUACUGCACCGAGAUAUUUGACUAUCUUUCCCUUUCUGCAAUUAUCGAUGGAAAAAUAUUCUGUGUUCACGGAGGUCUCUCACCCAGUAUUCAGACACUUGACCAAAUUAGAACCAUAGACAGAAAACAAGAGGUACCACAUGACGGCCCAAUGUGUGAUCUGCUUUGGUCUGAUCCUGAAGACACCCAAGGAUGGGGCGUCUCUCCAAGAGGUGCAGGAUAUUUGUUUGGCAGUGACGUUGUUGCUCAGUUUAACUCUGCUAACGAUAUCGACAUGAUUUGUCGAGCACAUCAACUAGUUAUGGAAGGAUACAAAUGGCAUUUCAAUGAAACAGUGCUCACAGUAUGGUCCGCGCCAAAUUAUUGCUACAGAUGCGGUAACGUAGCGGCAAUAUUAGAACUGAAUGAACACCUCCAAAGAGAUUUUACGAUAUUUGAAGCAGCACCUCAAGAAAGCAGAGGAAUUCCUAGUAAAAAACCACAAGCUGAUUACUUCCUGUGAAAUUGACAUCUUUGGCUACACAUGUUAUUGCAGCUAUACCUUGACUCAGCCUCCUACACGUUUCUACUCGCUACUCAAAUAGCUCGAAGGCUCUCAUUUUUCCAACAUAUCGGCUUAGUAUGAUGACAUCGUUAGUGUUUAAUCGUAAGUAGCACAUGCGUGUACGGAACAGAGUCUUAAUAGGUCCAAUGCGAAAUAAUGUAUCUGAGAGAAAAGAUGAACAUCAAUUAGUCGAACUAUUUUCAUUUAUAACUGCGUUAUUUCUCGUUGGAUUUCUAACUGAAUUUUCUAAUAUGGUUAUGUUGCUCCUAUUUGGAAUUUACCCAUAUUACCAUUGAUAACUCACUUGGAAUCACGAAAUCAAAAUCAUUCGGUAAUGUUAUUUAAUAUUACCCCCUGUAUUUGUAAAAUUAAUGCUGGAUUUACUCUAAUAACGAAGCACCAUUACCGUUUAGACUAUUUAAAUCAGUAUAGUUAGAUCGGAGACCACACUUUACAGGAGUUAAUAUUAAAUCAAUGAAUUUUGUUAUACUAAUAUGUACGUAAAAAUGUAUCAAUCGUAAGUCUAAUUCGAUACGAUCACAAUGUAUCUAUUCAACGCAUUUAAAUAGAAGGUUAAUACGAUUUUAAAAAAUCACUUGUAAAUUUGUAAUUAUUUGAAACCUCUAUUGAAUUUACAUCUGCAAUAUCGAGCGGUAGUUUUUUUAAACAAGGUGUUUUUAAAAUCGAAUUACGAUAAGUCCUUGGUAAUCUCGACAAAAUCAAAGAACCAAUUCUAAAGUCUGCCUAUAGAUAACAUUGAUUUUAAUGUUAUUCUAAUUCCGAUCGUCUGAAUUGAUUAUUACUCAAUGCCCAAUAAUCUUCACCACUCCAUUGAACAAAUAGCAACGAUAAUUAUUUCCUGUCUCUUUUUCAAAGGGUAUGGUUUUAGUUUUGCAGACAUCCUGCUUAUGUUAGGUAGCGAUUAUUUUUUACAAUCUAAUUUAGACUUAUUUUAAACUAGUUGUAUGUAGUAGGACAUUAAAAUUAUACUAUGAUUUUACAAUUAUUCCCUUUUCAUCUUGCUCAGUAUGCUAUACAUAGGCAUAAUUACUGUAAAUACACGAUUUCAUCAUUGUUCUUCGGCCAUAAGUAUCAUUAAUAAUUUAAAACAUUUGUGAGGCAUUUUUGAACUGUAACUAAAUACGAAGGACUUUGUAUGCAAUGAAUCAUAAAUAUGUCGAGAAUUCAAUAUCGAAACAAGAAAUACGAAUAAUUUUAUGACACAAAAUAAAAGAAUUUUUUUUAAUCCAA